UUCUAUUGACAUCAAUUGCCUGCACGGUGCAUUUUGGGCGAUAUCACUCCUUCACGGAGUAAAUGGGACUUAAUUGGACGCUAGUUCAAAAAAGCAUGAAAUAGCAUGAAUUGCGUGAGCAACAGGUACAAGAUUACUCAUAUUUUUCGAGAUAUGAGAUAUUUAACUUGUUCUCUAUAAUAUCGUGUAGCUUUGAAAUUACGUUAUUUUGAGGAAAGUAGGAAAAUUUCUCGACUCAAACUCUUGACUUUUUAGAAGGGAUUGCUUGACGGAUAGCGUAUCAACUGUGUGACGCAGUAGAAAAACCUGAACGCGAUUGGUCAAUAGUCUGCUGGGCGGUGCUUUACACGUUGCUCCAGUCAUUUCCGGCUAGGUUUCUUCUCUCUUCCUUUUCUAAUAUCUCUGGAACAACGCAAAGCAGAAUUUGCUCUACAGCUCUCGUAAAAUCCUUGUCAUUUAGCAAAAAUCUGUUCAUUAGUGACAUUAACUCUAUUUGGCUUAAGAUAACACAUCUAAACGGUUUCAUUAUCGUGUCUAAUUCGGGAAACGAUAAAAGGAGACUGUUUGUCGUCGUAAACGUGUUGCUAACUAAGAUUAUUGCUCGACAUCUGACUCUGAAUACUGCUGCUGUCAAAGACUGGAACUCUGGGCUGCUGUCAUGGAUCAAAUAGGGAUCACUGCAGAAGGACCAAAGAGUCCAUGGGGCGCCACCACUACCAAAGCGGUGUCACCCUGCUCCCUCGCUGACGUCAUGAGCGAGCAGCUGGCAAAGCAACUGGAUGAGGAAAGCGAUGCUUUCCCUGAUUCCCCAGAUGUCAAUGCUGCCCUGGAUGCCGGUGAGGAGCCAGAAACGGACUGUGAUCUGAUGCUGGCUCAGAUGCUGCAGAUGCAGUUUGACAAGGAGUUUGACACCCAGCUGCGCACGGAAGAAAAAAAAUUAAACGGGGAUAGCAAACUGUCCAUCUCCUUUGAGAACUAUCGCAUGGUGCACCCAUACGAGGAUAGCGACAGCUCCGAGGAUGAAGUUGAUUGGCAAGACACUCGCCACGACCCCUACAAAGCCGAUAAGCCCACGACAACUCCAAGAAAAGGCUUUACUGGGAAAGGCAAGAACAUCACUACUAAGCACGAUGAGGUUGUGUGUGGCAGGAAGAAUACUGCGCGCAUGGACAAUUUUGCCCCAGAGAUUAAUGUGGGAGAUGGGCUUGGCAUGGACCUGAAGCUCUCUAACCAGGUGUACAACUCCCUGAAACAACACUGCCACUCUGAGCAGCGUCGCAGUGCCCGACUGCAUGACAAAAAGGAGCACUCCACUGCUGAACAAGCAGUGGACCCAAGGACCCGUCUGCUCAUGUACAAAAUGGUGAACGCAGGCGUUCUGGAGAACAUCAACGGCUGCAUCAGCACUGGAAAGGAGUCUGUGGUGUUCCACGCAGAUGGGGGAAGCAUGGAGGAGAAGGUUGUCCCAGAUGAGUGUGUACUCAAGGUCUUCAAGACCACACUCAAUGAGUUCAAGAACCGCGACAAGUACAUCAAGGAUGACUACCGCUUCAAGGAACGCUUCAGCAAGCUGAAUCCCCGCAAGAUCAUUCGCCUCUGGGCUGAGAAAGAGAUGCACAACCUGGCUCGUAUGAAAAAGGCUGACAUCCCAUGCCCCGAGGUGGUGAUUCUGAAGAAGCACAUCCUGGUGAUGUCGUUCAUUGGCAAGGACCAUGUGCCGGCUCCCAAACUGAAAGAAGCCAUGUUGGGCUCUGAGGACAUGAACAGGGCCUACUACCAAGUGCUUCAUAUGAUGCAGCAGUUGUAUCAGGAGUGUAACCUCGUCCACGCUGACCUGAGCGAAUACAACAUGCUGUGGCAUCAAGGGAAGGUUUGGCUAAUUGAUGUAAGUCAGUCCAUUGAGCCCAAUCACCCUCAUGGCCUUGAGUUCCUGUUCAGGGACUGCAGGAACGUAGCUACGUUCUUCCAGAAGGGCGGGGUGUCGGAAGCCAUGAAUGUGUACGAGCUCUUCAACGUCGUGUCUGGGCUGCAGCUCAGCGGUGACAGUGAGGCAGACUUCCUUGCCCAGAUCGAGGCACUGGAGAAGAUGAAUGAAGACCACGUGCAGAGAAGGGGCAAAAAAACCUACUCCAGCACCAGCGACGGAGGGCCUCCCCUAUUACACCACGAGGAUGAUUAACGAUGAGAUGUUAAACACCAUGAUUAGCUCCAUGGAUCCUGUUCAGUUGAUUCUGUUUGAGAGAAUGGGCGAGUAAACUCCCACCCAAAGGUCUUUCAUCACAAUGAGGGACACAAGGUCGAAAGGUCACUGCAUCCCAAGAUGCUACACUGGGGGCAGUGGGCUGAAAAGCCUCCCAUACACCUCCAUGAAAUGUCGACAUCUCAUUCCAUUACUACGUUUGUAGAUGGAAUGGAUGGGGACGUCUAAGGGGGACAUGACGGAUGCAUCUACAUGCGUACACAAUUAUUGCUUUUUUUUUUAAAUUAGAUGGUAUUCAGCAUUCAUGACAUGAAGUUAUCUUCACAGGUGAACUGGGCUCGAAUGCAAAGAGCUUUGCGUUAUAUGAAUGGAACAAAUUGCAAUCCAACAUUUGGUGAAGAGCCCUAGUUCGUGUCAGUUAAUAUUUUAAUCAUGAAAGGUGCAGUCAUGAAUGAAUUGUUUUUCAUUGGCACCAAGAUGCAUUGAGGUCCAUUUGAUCGUACAUGGGAGCUGUGUUUUCUGUGAUCUUCAAUAUAAUGGUGGAAAUAAAUGGCAUAAAUUUU